AUCUCGAGUUGCACUGGACCGACCUUUGAAUUGUUGGUUUUAUGCAGAUGACUGCUGAGAUACGUCGAGACACGAGAGGACAGUCGUCAGCACGGCGUUUGUGCGCCCAUCUUGACACGAGACAUUCCCACAGGCAUUGGGAUGGCUAGAACCAGCUUGAACGCUCGAAACAUGAUGCAGAGUUGGACGAUGGCAGUGGAACAUCCAAGUAAUCGACUGCGACCAUGUGGUUGAUCGACAUGCCGGAAGACCGAGAUUUACUCUUCCAUCGACCAUCUGUGAUCAUCUCGCCGUCAAGAUAAGCAAAGUGCAACUGCCCAGCCAACAAAGCCGCGCCUGCCUCUUGCACCACAUGCCCGUUGCUCCUUCCUCGUGAAGACCGCCAAGUGACGCGCUCAUCUGCACGUGCUCACGCCACACGCGGCAUAUGACGAAAGCCAAUUUGCGUCUGCCUAUUCACAUUUCGGCAGAAAGACCAAACACCACAUGGCCGCGCUCUCUUGCAACAUCCACUCUUCUCCCAACAACACCAACCCCAUCCAAGCCACAACUCAACCCCUCGACGCAGCAACGAUGCCUUGGAGGGGAGAGGACAGGCGGAUCCCACCGGCUUAUCGCAUCGAAUUCGCCACGAGCGAUGAGGAACUCCUGCACCGUCUCUCCACGUCGGUCUGGCUUGCUGGACGACAAUGGAGUGCGCCUCCUUGGAUGCGUACAGUCCCGCAAGUCUUCGGUGAUCCCUCACGCAUCCCCGAACGCCGGCUUGAGGACCUGCGCGACGACAGCAGGGUGCCGAUGACGAUGGAUGAGCGCCGGUACACUCGAAACAAGGCUGCUAUCAAGCAGAUCACCGCCGAUCUCGGCCGGCAGAUGGAACAGGCCCGACUUGCCCAAAAUGGGGCCAUCCAACCAACACUGGCGGCGAAUGCGAGAGCUCUCCCUCCUUCAUCGUGUCCUGGUCCAACUGCUGUUGUGAGCACUGGUUGGUACGACUUGACCACUUCUCAGCCUCUCGCCGAUGGCACCAUCAAACCUCCCGCCCCCAAAAAGGCACAAUCGCAGGAGUCGUCUCAAGGCCCUGGCUUUGGAAUCAACAAUACCUCAAGGGUGACUCAUCAGACGCCCAGCCUCGACACCAAUGACGCACCGCACCGGCCCAACGUCUCUCGAGCAAGCCAGGACACUCAUGGAGAGCGUGCACUUGCUCUUCCAGCGUUGCAGUCUGACACGGGCAAACGCAAGGUCUCCAACCUAUUCCAGCCCAGUCUCGAUGACUCUAUGAACGACCACGAUGCAAUUAUGGCUAGCGCACACCUCUUCGAUCUUGCCAACAAGAUCAGCGCAGACCUGGACAUAAUCGUCCCCAACGAAACUAUCCAGCUGUGCGGACUUGCUCCCAUCAAACUCCUCGACACCCAGCCGGAUGAGGUACUGGAAUUGGCUCACCAGAAGCUGCACGCUUGGCCGUAUCAGAACGUGCCCACGUGCUGGAGGAGAUUGUAUGAAGAGGCCAGUCUCGGCAAGGCCGUGCACAUCCUGCGCACUCAAGCAGAGCUGGAAGCCGAGCGCAGCAGGACGAAGAAGCGCCGAGUCGGAUCAGGUGGGUUCCAGGAAGGACUGCUCGUUCACACGGAUAACCCAAAGCUGACUUGUUCGGAAGACCGCGAUGACAAUACACGUGCUCUGACGCGGCGAGCCGUGGAGACUGACUGGGUCACGGAGAUCGUGAUGGUGCUCGACAAAGCGCUGACCAUCUCUGGAGCUCCCGGUCGGGCGUCGACAUUCGAGGCAGUCUUUCAGCAGUUGGAGAAGCACAUUGCAGUUGAUCUCACGGAAGAGCUGCCCCAUCGCUUUGGGCUAGUUCAUCCCCAGCCUUUGACGACCGAGCAUCCAAUCUUCCGCUCGGCUACAGCGCUCAACUUUGAGGCGUUCCAAGGCCACCUGGACAAAGACAGUACCCCACUCAUCAUCCCUCGCACAUUCGCCCACUGGCCUGCAAUGCAGAAAUGGCAAGAUCCAAACUACUUCCUGAGGCGAACGCUGGGAGGUCGCCGUCUGGUGCCAGUGGAGAUUGGCAAAAGCUACACCGAUGCAGACUGGGGGCAAGAGAUCAUCUCGAUCGGCAACUACAUCAAGACCUACCUCGUUCCCACGAAUCCCAAAGAAAUCGGCUACCUCGCCCAGCACGAUCUCUUCGCACAGAUCCCCUCGCUGCGCAAAGACAUCGUCUUCCCCGACUACUGCUACACCACCCCGCCCGAACCCACAGGCGCAGCACUUCAGACCCCCGGUUUGACAACGACGCCUCAACUGUCCGAGCCGAUGCUCAACGCCUGGAUCGGACCAAAAGGCACAAUCACGCCUCUCCACACCGACCCCUACCACAACAUCCUCUGCCAAGUGGUGGGAUACAAGUACAUCCGCCUCUACGCCCCGACCGAGACCCCGCAUCUCUACCCACGCGGCGUAGACGAAAAGGGCGUGCCGAUGGGCAACACGGCGCAAGUCGAUAUUUCUCACGUGCGACCGCGCUCGCUCGGGGGAACGACGGACCUCGAUGCUGUCAGAGGCAUUCGCGAGCAGUUUCCGGAAUUUGAGGGGGCGGCGUUUGUGGAGGGCGUGUUGGCGCCGGGGGAGUGUUUGUAUAUCCCGCUCGGCUGGUGGCAUUAUGUGGAGAGUUUGAGCGUGAGUGUGAGUGUGAGUUUUUGGUGGAAUUGAGGGGUGUGGAGCGUGUGAUUGUAUUGGAUUAGCUUCUGAACAGGACUGAUUCAGUCCCGAUCACGUGGUGAAGGUCGGGCGUAGUAGACACAAGCUCUUAUCAAGUGCUGAAUGCUCUGUAUCUACCAUGAAUCGAUGAU